AUUUCGCUCCCAGCUUCUCAACCCUAUCCCUGCCCUUCUGCCUUCUCUCGCUGGAUUCUCUGAUGAAUAAAGGGGUCUUGAUUUCCCAAUAUCAGUGAAAACUUUAUAUAAUCUGGAGAGGAGUAUCGAGAAAUUGAGGGAAAAAAAAACCCUGGUUCAUUUUCAUCCAUUCCACGCCAUGCGUCCAUGAUCCUUCCCUGAAGACCAACUCUUACCGUCGCUGCGGAGGAGGAGGAGAUCGUCGUCGUCGUCAUGUAUAGAGACCGAGGGAUUGGUGGCUCCAAAUCGGAGGUGGGACCUGUCGCUCGGAAGCGGAUCAAUGAUGCCCUUGAUAAGCAUCUCGAGCGAUCUUCUCCCUCUACUUCCAGAACAAUCAACGGCAAGGAAUUUUCAUCGCAGUCUCUUCUCAUGGGGAAGCAACCGUCUGAUCACAAGGAUCCGCUCUCCAAAAACAAUGCCUCUGAUGAGGAAUCUGAGACAGACAGUGAAGAGUCCGAUGUUAGUGGUUCUGAUGGGGAUGACACAUCUUGGAUCUCAUGGUUUUGCAAUCUGAGAGGAAAUGAAUUCUUUUGUGAAGUUGAUGAUGAUUACAUUCAAGAUGAUUUUAAUCUCUGUGGGUUGAGCAGCCAAGUUCCUUAUUAUGAUUAUGCGCUUGAUCUGAUUUUGGAUGUUGAGUCCUCUCACGGAGAUAUGUUUACAGAGGAACAACAUGAGUUAGUAGAGUCAGCAGCAGAGAUGCUUUAUGGACUGAUUCAUGCCCGAUAUAUAUUGACAAGCAAAGGGAUGGCAGCUAUGAUGGACAAGUACAAGAAUUGUGACUUUGGGAGAUGCCCAAGAGUUUAUUGCUGUGGACAACCUUGUCUUCCAGUUGGUCAAUCAGACAUUCCUCGGUCAAGCACUGUCAAGAUAUGUUGCCCCAGAUGUGAAGAUAUAUACUACCCCCGAUCCAAAUAUCAAGGUAACAUUGAUGGAGCCUACUUUGGAACAACAUUUCCUCACCUCUUCUUGAUGACAUACGGGCACCUCAAGCCACAAAAGCCGUCACAGAGUUAUGUUCCAAGAGUAUUUGGGUUUAAAAUACACAAACCUUGACAGGGGAAGUUUUACCUUAAUGUCCAAGAGUUUUGCAAAGGUGAAAGUCGUGCAAGAUGCCAUAAAUCUGCCCUGCAUCAACUCCAAAAAGACCAGAAAAUAAUGGGGAAAAAUUCACUCUCGUAUGUUCAAGGAAGUGCCAUUAAGAUAUGCAGUCUUGUUGGACAAGUAGUCUUCAAAUAUUAGUUUGUUAAGUACCUACAGCUUCUUUUCCUUUCAGUCUGAGUUGCAAAUUUGCAACUUAGUUUUUUCCUCAGGCUUCUUUGUACGUACUUAAUUAGCAUCAGAGAUAUUGGCAGCUCUCAAACUUUCUCCAGAAAUUCUGUAAUUUUGUUAUAUUUGGCACUCUUUAUUAUACUCGUCUUUAAAGCUAAUGGGAUUUCAUGUGCGGUUUGAUA